AUGCGCGGUUAUACACCUGAAGAGAAACGGCAAUUGCUGAACAAGUUUCACCUGAUGGACUCGGACAACAACGGAGAGUUGUCGAGGGAUGAAAUUCUCCAGUGUCUGAGGGAGUCGAAGUUGCCAAAGGAUAAGCUUAACGAAUUCCUCAGCCUUUUCGAUGCUGACGGUGAUGGUAGGGUCACACUGGACGAGUAUGAACGGGCACUUGGGUUAAAAGAGGUUCCCCAGACUACGAUUGAUGACUGGAAGCGAACCUUCGCAGAGAUGGAUGUGGACAAGUCCGGUUUCCUGACUGUAUCCGAGAUCCAUGAGGGCCUCUUGAAGAUCGGUGUGAACAUCUCCAAAGUCGAUAUUUCUGACUUCAUUAAAAGUGUUGACAAUAAUGGUGAUGGAGUUUUGACGGUUGACGAGUUCACUGCUUUAAUGCGUCUCAAUACCUAA